UGUAACGUCACUAAUCGACAAAAUGUGUCGGGAAGUUUAUGUCCUCCGUCUCGGCUGCAGGUUUCUGCGUGGACCUUCUGGACUGGAUGUCUCAGGGCAUGGGGUUCAGGUAUGACCUGUAUCACGUGGCCGACAACAACUGGGGCGCCAAGGACCCGAUCACAGGGAAAUGGAACGGGGUGGUCGCUGACGUGGCCUACAAGAAAGCCGACAUGGUGGUAGCGUCCAUCACCAUACGGGCAGACCGGGAGGAGGUUGUUGACUUCACCACGCCUUAUAUCGACGUGGGGCUCACCUUCGUCAUGAGUAAGGUGGGGCGGAAGGAGAUCUCACUCUUCAACUUCUUCGGACCACUGGAGAAAAGGUUGUGGCUGCUGAUCGCCAUCACCACGGUAGCUGUGGGCGUCUUCCUGUCUAUCGUCAACAAACUCAGCCCCUACAGCUGCCGACCUGUCGCCGUCACACGGCCGGGACAGGACAACCACGAGAGAGAGCCGUCUUUGAAACAGAAUGAGAAGACAGGGAAAGAUGAUGAUGAUGACGAUGGUAAUGAUUCAGAUGAUGAUGAGAAUGACCAGACGAAGAUCACGUUAGGAGACUGGAUCUGGAACUCUUUCUGCACGCUGUUCCAACAGGGCCCGGAGGAGUACCCCAAGUCUGCAGCAGGCCGGUUUACGGCAGGUGUGUGGUGGCUGGUGAUCCUGAUCCUGAUCGCCACCUACACGGCUAACCUGGCCGCACACCUCACCAUCGGCAGGCUGCAGGAGACCAUCGGCAGUGUGGAGGACCUGGCCAAACAGACGGAGAUCGCCUAUGGAACUGUUCUGUCUUCGGGUCCUCACAGCUUCUUCCUACAGUCCACCAUAGAGACCUUUCAGAAGAUGGCGCGUUACAUGUCAACACAUGACGUCAUGGUAGCUACGUCAGAGGAGGGGAUAGCGCGUGCGCGCAGGGGACACUACGCCUUCGUCUGGGACAGUGGGAUACUUGACUAUGUGACAAAAACGCCACCAUGCGACUUGAAGACAGUCGGCAGACUGUUUUCCAAGACGGGGUACGGUUUUGCCCUGCAGAAGAACUCCCCCUACACGAAAGAGUUCACGGAAAAGAUACUUUGGGCACGCGAGUCGGGAAAACUGGAAGAGCUUUUCAACAAGUGGACUGGCGGUUCGGAGUGCGCCCGAGAGGACGCGAAGCUGAGUACGAUAGUGAUCGGGCUGGACCACAUGCUGGGCGUGUUCGUGCUGGUGUACGGCGCCAUGGCCAUCAGCCUGGUGGUGCUGACGCUGGAGUGGAUCCUCGUCUGUGUGGGCGACGUGGACAAGAAAAGUGCAAAGAAACCCCAGACAAUGCCAGAGGCUUUCCUUGGAAGGUUCAAGAGUCUGAAGCAGAAGCUGUUCGGAGACGCCGACCCCCUGGCCAGAUUCCGGCUUCCUCAGAGGAGAAGAACUCCCGUCCCUGCCAAAGAGGAAUACGAGUGUAACACGCAGGCUACAUCGUGAUGUUCAAAAACGGACUUAAAACUUGAACUAGUCUGCCUUUGAUAGUCAGACGCAUUAGGGCAGUUCAGAUCACCCCAAAAUAUCUAUUUGGUUUUAGCCGAAUUGCCCCAGAAUUCGACUUGAGCCAUUGCAAACCCGGCCUCAGACGAGGAGAUAGCAAAGGACCUGGGUACACAAUCGUAUCUGGAAUUCUCAAAGUGUUUUAUAAUUAUAAAAACAAGUUUAGAUGUUGAAUAAAACUUCGAUGUUAGAAAAUGAAAUUGUACUGCAGUAGGUUAGCCCAUAUUGGAGUCUAUAUAAGGCCACACUGACUUGAUGUUACGGAUAAUAUCCGUAUCCAUUGUGGGUUUUAAGCAGAUGCUUAUCCACAUGUGUCUAAAGUCUUACCAAAAGAGGUUCUAGCUUUGAUGUAACGGUACUACUGUAAAUUGAGUCAGUGUGGUCUAGGGUUUGGGGUUAGGGAUUGUAUGACUCCAAAAGCUGAUUUUAGCUGAAAUUAUAUGCGCCUGUGAAAAUAACUUUUCCCAGAUACCUAAACAUUAGCUAUUAGAGCGUCAAUGUCUAGAGGAGUGAUUUCGCUAUCGCUGUUUAUUUUACGGGGCAAUAAAGCUGUGAAUCCUUUAA